AUGUCCAAAGAUAAUAGUGAAAAAAUAGAGAAAUUGAAAUUAACAACGCCAAGACGACAUGUUAAGAAGUAUAUCUCACCAUUCCAACAUAGAAAAGCUAGUGGGCUAACAUUAAUGAACAACGGUAGAUCUUCUUACAAUAAAAACUAUAAAGUUAACAAGCGUCCUUUGUCGAACGGACAAUACAGACAGUUGGCCAGGGAACGGCAAAUAGAUAAUAUCCACCAUGACAGUUCGCAAACCUUAAAAUGGAUGGGAUCCUUUAUAUCUAGAGCUAAGAAUGUACUAAAGACAUUAAGAGAAGAGGAUUUGCAGCUACAAGAACAAUUAUAUGAAAAUUCUAGAAGAAAAGAACUACGCAGCAUGCAUAUUCAAAGUAUCUUGGAUAAAAAUAUUGAUAAUUAUGAAAGUAAAAGCACUACAGCUUCUUCAGAUGUAAAGGAAACUAUUGAAACUUCUGCUGAUAUUAGCAACGACAUGAAUGAGUUAGAAAAUGAAAUAAACAUAUCUGCAAAUGAUAAUGCGUUGGUUAUAUUGACUGACUCAGAACCUGAAGAAGAUCAAAUUAUAGACGAAGAUCAACUUGACAUUGAGGAGGAAGAACAACAUGCUGCUACUGAUGAGAGCCAACCAGUAGAAAAAGAAGAAGAUGUGGAUAUAUUUGGUGAAGAAAGUGAAUAUAAUUCCGAUCUAUCAGCAAAUGAGACACCAGAGCUGACCAAUUCUAUAGAAGAAGCUAACGAGUUACUAUCUAGUAACGAGUCAAUAAUUUAUGAAGAUGAGGAAGCUGCUGUUCAAUUAGAUUCGCAAGCUUAUGUUUCUCCAAAGGAAGCUCAAGAAGAUUCAUAUGUUGAACAUAAGACAUCGGAAGAGGGACAACCAUCGGAAGAGGAAGAUAAUAUAUCUAUUGUUGAUUCGAACAACUCAGAUAUGUCACGAGAGGAGGGCGAGGGCUAUUAUAACGAAGAGGAUGAGGAGAAGGAGUAUAGUGAUGAAGACGAACCUACGUCUCAGCAAUAUCAAAUCAAUAUAAACAUAAAUGAUAAUGCAAUGCAAUAUCCAAUGAUGUCUCAGGAAACAGUUAAUAAUAAUGACCACUUUUUACAGUCAGAUAUCCAAAAGAUUGCUCAUCAGGCAAUUUUUGGAAAUUCCCAUGGACAAGAUCACCUUGGUUAUAAUUCUCAAACUGGGGAUAAUGGUAUAUCUAAUGAGGAAAUAUUACACGGAAGUGCGCAAUUUUCGUAUUCUGAAGGAAAUCAUGAUACCUCCAGUGCAAAUUAUGAAGAUGACUAUGACGAAAAUGUUUCACAAAGUGAUAAUAGAACCAACAUCUCAGACGAAGACAUUGAGGAAGAACCUGAAGUAAUAUAUCAGGUCCAUCAUGAUGAAGAGAUAUCAAAUGUCAGUGGGAAAAAUAAGGACACUGAAAAGAAACAUGAUGAUGGAGAUGAAUCAAUUGAAAUUGAUGUUGAAAGUGAAAACGAAAGUAAGGAAGGCACUAGCAUGUCUGAUGAAUAUCAUUACGAUAGCGAUAGUAACCAAUUAAAUAAUGAAAUAACUGAAGUAUCGAAUGAGAUACCACAUGGGGGUCAGUUAUCAGGUGGUGUGCACUCCAUUGCGGACAUCAUAUCAUCCAUCCCCCACAAUAUUGUUCUUCAUUAUGAUAAUCCUUCGAUUCCACUUGAAUCAAACGAAAGGGAAACAAACACUGAGGAAAAUAUUGAUGGAAGUAUAAAUAUUGGUGAAGAUAGAGUUGUUGACAACUUACCUCUCUAUAGUGAUAAGAUAUACCACGAAGUUCAUGAAGAACAUCCUGAAGAUCAUUUAGAAGAAGAUGACGAUCAACAAGGAUAUUCUAAUGUCUUAUUAAAUAAUAUUUCGAAUGCAGAACAAGAAUCACAGAGUUUUAACCCUGUUGUUAAACAAGUGGUGGGAGAAAGAAAAGGAACUAAUGGAAAUAACACCCUCGGAAAAGCUGAAACUUCUAACCAAACGCAGGAUAUAUUUUCCAAAAACACAUUGGAACAUUUUGAUGUAGAAAACGAUGAAAUUAUGGAAUCUACACAUGAGCAAAAUGAACAAAAAGAAGCAUCCCCUGUUUCUGUUGCUAGAACCCAUACGCAUGCUAGUUUUGUCAACGAUGACACUUCUAUGUAUUUUACGGUUGACGAAGGUAAUACCAGUUUAUUAGAUACACAUGUAGGUCCAGUCGUUGAAGAUCAUCCAACAAAUACAGAAGAAAAAUAUAAAAUUGAAAUUUCAGAGUCUAUUUAUGACUUGUCUGAUGUUAACCAACGUUCUGUAUUAGGUGAAAAUGACCUUAAAUAUUCAUCUCCCUUUGGUUCAGAUCCAUUUUCAGUCCGUAAUAAUGUGAGUGAUGUGAAAUCACUUAUAAAAGAAACAUUACGUUCGAUUACUGAAACUGAAGGCACUGCACAAACUCACGUGAGCCAAAUGAAGGAUGACAUUCAGGUAAAAACUUCUAUUGAAACAUGUGUUAUCAAGGAUAAUGGCGAUAUCGCUUCCAAAGACGAAGUUAACAACACCGAUGUAAACGAACUUCCUCUCACGCAAUAUAAUAAACUGGAAGUUGAUAAUUUAAAUGAAGGACAUUUUCAAAAUUUCACAUACAUUCCUCAUGAAAAAGAUGAUUCACAAGUAGUAGAAAAUGCGAUUCCUCAAGAUGAAAAUGUACUAGUUUCUUCUCUUUCCGAUAAAGAGGAAGAAACCCAUGGUAUAUCCCCUCAGAAAGAUAUGCUUAUUUUGUUAGCGGAUGUUGCACAAAACGAAACAGCUGAGAAAAAGCGUCUAGCGAAUGAUUCAAAAGCUAAAUUAGAAGCCCAUUCACAACUAAUUUCAGUGGAAAAUUCAAAAGGUGUAAUUCAAGAAUCUGAUGAAGGUGAUAAUGCAGCACAUUCUGUAACAUCAAGAAAUGUUAUUUCGGAACAAAUCGAAUAUGAUAGAAGCAGUGACAUUAAUAUUGAAGAAGAUGAAAUAGAUGAUACUUCAAGUGAUGCAGAUGAUGAGAUGAUAACAGCUCUACAAGAUGAGGAAGAAAAUUAUGAUAUAUCACAUUCCGAGCACAAUUUGGAAAUUUUACCUGGCGAAGGUCAAGCUAUGAGUCUCUCGCCUGAACAUUUGAACUCACCGGCGUUUCACAUUUUGGGGGAGGCAGUACAUGCCACGAAUAUUCUUGAAGCUCAAAUUGAAUAUCCAACUCCAAUGGAAAGUGCUGCUUCUAGCGAUAUAAGAAAUGAGCCUGCUCCGUUGGAGGAUAACAAUGACGAAGAAAUACCGACAGCAGACAAUGGUAUUAUAUCCGAAGAACCAAUUGAGGAACGUGAAUCAUUUACAUCUUUAAUGUUUGAAGAUGAGAGUUCUUCUGGAAAUAAAGAAGGUGGUGAUGAUAUUGAUGUUGAAAUGCUAGACUCAUCCGAUGUUGAUCUUGGUGAAGAAUUACAUGAGCAAAAGAAACAGAAUAUUGUACAAAAAAUAUUUAGAGCCCCUUUGAAUACAAUUAAAUAUAUUGCUGGUAACUUUCACCGUAUUACUAAUGUUACAGGGAACUUUGUUGAUGAACUCAAUGCUUACCCAUCUGAAAGUGAUGCUAAUGGUAGCAACAAUGAAGGUUCAUCCCAAAAUACAGGUGAUAGCGAUAGUAUGGGUGGGGAUGAUAUAAACGGCUAUAGUUCUGGAGAAUUAGACCCAAAAUUGUUAAUUACUUAUGGUUCAGUUUUAGAUGUCAAGGAUGAUUCAUUGCAAAUUGUAAACCCAGACAAUACUCAUAACAGGGAUGCUUAUGAGGAUGUUGAAAUUCUUGACGAUACAGUAAGCGCAAUACCUGAAAUGUUAUACCAAUUGAAUAAACAAGACACUUCCAAUAAAAAUGGAACACCCAUUGCAGACUUUACAGAAACUUCUGAAAAGAAUACUAGUCCUCAGUUAUCCCAUAAAGAAUUAACAAUACAUUCAUUUGAACACUCUGAAGGUAUUGACAAUGCAGCAAUAUCAACUGAUGUUAUCAGUAAUGAUAAUGGUGGUACCCAAUCUUCGAUGGAUUUAGACUCUAACCCUCCCUCGGAUGUGGAAUUAAAAAAUCGUAUACAGAUCUUAGAAAAGGAAACAAAAGAUGAGUUGAUACAGAAUAAUCAAGACAGCGUUAUUAAACCUAGCAGUGGCUUUGAAAAUACGUAUUCCAACGAUCUUAAACAAAGUAUUAAUAUUCACAGAAGUAAUGUUGAUAAUAAUAAGGAGCUGGGUGAUCUUAACCCAGGUAGAAGUGUCAUUGGUGAUGGUACAUCGGUGGAAGGCCCAUUUGGCAAUCCAAUAGAUAACACAACUACCGAUGAAAUUGAAAAUGAAAACAUUAAUACUAGUCACUCUACAGAGGAAAGUACAGCUCAUGAAGAACUAACAAAUACAGAUCUUAGAAUAAACCAAAUCUCCGACGAAGAUACAGCACAUGAGAACACAGCUAAUGAAGGACAUGUAUCUAAUGCCGAGGAUGAAGAUAUGGAGCAGGCAUUUGUAAUAAAUCCUAACGUUACCGAUGAUAGUACUGCGAACGAAGAUAAUGUUAAUGAAAUUAACCCUAAUCACAAUCUAGAACAAGGUAACAACCAAGAGAUGGAGAGGGAAAAUACUACUUCACAUGUAACUACCUUACCAACUUCUUAUUUGGAAAGUGAUAUGGCAAAUUCUAAUCAAGAACAGUCUGCUAUUGUUUCGACUGCAGAAAUGUCAGCUUUAUCAGAUGUAUCCGGCGAUGAUUCAAAAUAUUAUGGCACCAGGAAUGUUCGAAUUACUCUCAGCUCUCAUUCUAAUGAUGAAGAGUGCAAAAGCGACAACAGUCAAUAUAAGUUAGAAAAGGAGCCAGAAGUUGAUAUGGAUGAUUUUGCAAUCAAUAAUCAACAAGAAAAGAGAUUAAAUUUCUCAGCUCCGCUAGCUAAUGAAGAAGAAUUAACAAAAAAUAACGAUGAAAUAUCUAACAACCAUAUAUCUACUGACGAUCUAGAGGUGAUGAGAGAUGUCAAGGAACAAAAUGUAACUGACGCAUCUGAUACAUUACCGAAAGAACGAUCUCUAAUGGAUAUUAAUGUCAUACAUCUCGAUGAUAAUGAAAAUCAGGUUCAAUCAUUACCAGAAAAUGUAUCUAAUAUACUUGAAAUUCAAAAUGGUGAUACUGAUCAUUCAAAUAAUGAUGUAGAUGAUAAUGAUAUGCAAGAUAAACCAACUAAGGAAGAAAAUCAUGAAUCAAAAGAGCUGGAUAAUAUACUCGCCCCAUCUAUAGGCAAUUAUUUGAUGCAUAGGACAGAAGAACUAGAUAAUUCAAUUGACAAAAAGGAAAACGAAAGGUCUAUUAAUAUCGAUGUAGAAACUAAUCAGCCUGAUAAAUUAGAGAAAAAUGAGAACGAAGAAGUAGAUGUUCAAGUUUAUGAACAAGUAGAUGAAGAAAACGUAGAAGAAACGAAAACAAAAUUACCACAAGAGUCGGAAACAGGACAAAUUGGAGCACAAAAAGAUAUUCAUGAUGACAAAGUUAACCAUGAACGUGAAGGAGAGCACUCUCUGACUACUGAAGAUUCCAAAGAGGAUAAACCAUCCAAAAAGAAAAACAAAAGGAGAACAAGAAAUUUCCGGAAGAGGAAGAGAGCCAUAACUGAUAACUCUUCUUCUGAGGGGCCAUUUAAACGAACCAGAAGAGGCGUUCUGGAGAAGAAAAAUGUCUUUGAAAGAAGAACAAGAUCCUCGAAAAAAUGA